CCUUGGCUCUUGUGUUUUGCAGAUUCUGUUGAUCUGAAGAUGGCUGCACAGUCAGCACCGAAGGUUGUGCUAAAGAGCACCACCAAGAUGUCUCUGAACGAGCGCUUCACUAACAUGCUGAAGAACAAACAGCCGAUGCCAGUGAAUAUUCGGGCUACCAUGCAGCAGCAGCAGCAGCUGGCCAGUGCCAGAAACAGAAGAUUGGCCCAGCAGAUGGAGAACAGACCUUCUGUGCAGGCUGCUCUGAAGCUGAAGCAGAAGAGCUUGAAGCAACGCCUCGGUAAAAGCAACAUCCAGGCACGGCUGGGCCGCCCUGCAGGCCCCAUCGCCCGCGGAGCCAUGGGGGGAAGAGGACUGGCCAUGGGGCAGAGAGGUUUGCCACGAGGAGCCAUGCGUGGGGGCCGGGGAGGCAGAGCUCUGCUGAGAGGAGGGCUCCCGCUGCGAGGUCAGGGCCUGCUGCGGGGAGGCCGAGGAAUGGCCCCAAGGAUGGGGCUGAGAAGAGGAGGGCUGCGGGGCCGCGGGGGGCCGGGCAGAGGAGCUAUGGGGCGUGGAGCCAUGGGGCGCGGAGGACUCGGCGGCAGAGGCCGUGGCAUGGCGGGCCGGGGAAGAGGCGGCUUUGGUGGCCGUGGCAGAGGCAGAGGACGAGGCAGAGGAUCGGCACGGCCUGCGCUGACCAAGGAACAGCUGGACAACCAGUUAGAUGCUUACAUGUCGAAAACAAAAGGACACCUCGACGCCGAGCUGGAUGCUUACAUGGCUCAGACAGACCCCGAAACGAACGACUGAAGGGUGUUUGCAGAGACUGGUGUGGAUGUUGGUGUGUAUCCCGUACCCAUAAGCUAAAAAAAGGAAACCCUGAUUCAGCUGAAAGGACCCACGGGAAUAGGGAGCAGCCCUGUUCUACCGCAGAUCAGACUUCAGUAUGUUUUCCUUUCCUGUUUUGAUACUUUAUAUGUUGUGUGAAACCUUUUGGGAUUUUUUUUAUCUAUUAUUCUCCCCCCAAACUGCUCCGAAUGCGAAUCUGACAGCCCUGCUGCAGUUCCUGCUAUGGAGCUGUGAGUCUGCCUGCGCGCAGGGCUCCGCAGAAGCGUUUUGGGAUGGGAAACUUCCCCCCCCCACACCCCCCAACUCCUGUUGAACCCAUCGAGCAGCCCUUGUACAACACGGAGCCCAGAGCUCCGCUGCUCGGCGCCGUUCCUUGCGGUGUAACCAACGCUGGCUCCUCCCAUCCCGCCGCUGCUGGGAGGUGGUUCUGCCCCCCCUCCCCCCCCAUCCCCCCUUUUCGGUUCUGUUGUGUGACCUCCCGGUUUCGAUGGAAUCCCGUCUUUCUGGUUUGUUGUAACAAAGGAGAAAUUACAAAAGCAGUGCGGGC